AGACUUGGAGACCUGGAGGCCUGCAACUGUUCCUUGUGUUUGUACACAUUCAAUCCAGCUCGUCUCCGUCUCGCUUUCGGCCACACAAUACGCAUCGUGGCUGCUCUAUCUAUGGUUGCGACAUCUGCGUACGACCCUCAAAACUCUCCUCAAAUGCCUCCCUAACAAAUGGGUUCACUGCAAUGGUUUUUGUUUGUUUACAUCUUCGGCGGCCUGACCUUCAUACCACUUUUCGUAGCCUUACUGCUGCUCCAUGCAUACUACACCUUACCUCCACCGAACGAUGACGGACAGAAAUCGAACCGAGACCCUGCCAACCUGAUCCGAACCGACGAUGACAAACUAGCCUUCAAGACCACCACCGACGAUCUUGCCGAGAAGUUCCACCGAAAGCACGAUUCAGAUGUCGCCGCAGGAUACUUUGCUGUAUGUCGAGAAUAUGUCCCCGGCGGUGUCAAUGGCAAACCACCUGAGAAGCUUACUUCCGCGGGCGAUGUCGUCGCACAGGAGUCGCCUAGUGUCUACCAGAGCAUGUACAGGAGUAUAUUCGAUCGGUCGCAGAAGCCUACCAUCGAGCCCAACAAAGACGGUAACCGGAAGGCUGUCAAAAGAGCGAACAAUGUUUUCUACGUGGUGCUGAGGCACGGCCAUCUUAUGCUCUACGAUGACUUACAGCAGUUGGAGGUGCGCUAUGUGAUCUCUCUGGAGUAUCACGAUGUUGAUGUGUAUGGCGGUGAAGAGGGAAUACCUGAAGGAGAACUGUGGAUCAAACGCAACUCCAUUCGGCUAAAAAGGAAAAAGACUCGAGCUGGGGACACAUCCAGUUCUAUGCCUUUCUUCCUGUUUGGCGAGAGUCAGUCUGAAAAGGAGGAUUUCUAUUACGCAUUGCUGCAGAACCAAGACAAGAGUGCGACUGAAGACCUGCCCGUUAUACAAGAAUUUGACUUGGAUCAUAUUGUUACAUUGGUGCAGAAGCUGCACUCUUCUGAAGAGUUCCUGCAGACGCGAUGGCUCAACGCGAUGAUCGGACGACUGUUCUUGGCCUUGUACAAAACACCGGAGCUGGAGGGAUUCAUACGAAACAAGCUCGCGAAGAAGAUAUCCAGGGUCAAAAAGCCCACUUUCAUUACGAAGCUGGCGUUGCGCAAAAUCGACACUGGUACUGGAGCGCCCUUUGUCACGAAUCCAAGGUUGAAGGACCUGACCGUGAAUGGUGAUUGUACAGUCGAAGCCGAUGUCAAUUAUGCUGGAAAUUUCCGAAUCGAAAUUGCGGCCACGGCUCGGAUUGACCUGGGAACCAGAUUUAAAGCUCGCGAGGUUGACAUGGUCUUAGCAGUCACUCUCAGAAGAAUUCAAGGACAUAUUCUAUUCCGGUUUAAGCCACCUCCGAGCAAUCGGAUCUGGUUCACCUUCGAGCGUCUGCCACACCUGGAUCUUCAGAUUGAACCCAUUGUCAGUUCGCGACAGAUUACCUACACCUUCAUCCUUCGAGCAAUAGAGAACAGAAUCAGGGAGGUGGUAGCUGAGAGUAUUUGUCUGCCUUUCUGGGAUGAUAUCCCCUUCUUUGAUACGAGCGGUCAACGUUACCGUGGAGGCAUCUGGCAGAGGGAAGCAGAUUCUACCACUUCCACGGAUAUACCCGAUGAGAUGCCCGAAGACGAAGCAGAGGCAGGUGCAUCAGGGGAUAGGACGCCGGUGGAGAUGGGCAGAGGUGAGAGAGUCAUGAGUAUGCCCGUUUUGCCCGACCCCAAGCCAUCCAGCAAAAUUAACGCCGCAAAGAAAUCGGUCUCUUCGCUGAACGAGUUUCUGGGUAUGAAAAGUUCCGAGAAUGUGGACAAGUCUGAAGUCUUGCCCCCGAGGUUAAUGCGGUCAACGUCGUUUGCGAGUGCUGCAAAUCCAACCGUGACAGCAGACAACGCAGACGUCGGCAGUCCGACACGAGACUCCAAUGCUGGUGCGAAGAAGGAGAGCGUUGCCAACCUUCUCAAGGACCUUUCAGCUAGAGCCACUUCAGAAAAUCCAUCACCAGCAGGCUCCCAGGCGGGGUCGCCGCCAGUGGAGUCAGCUAUGGCAAGGGCAAUGAGAGACAGGAAGAGGUCCUCAAGCAGGACUUCGCUAGCAGAUGAGGUCCGCGCGUCCGACAAUGAGACUGAAACCGGACUGUCCUCUUCACUUCCUGAGGCAACGUCAAGCCGGGCUUCGAUUGUCUCCAAUGAGACAGAGGACACUAAUGAAAGCGACGAUAAACCAGCUCGACAGAGAUCAAAGAAUACCAAAAGUUUCGCGGCGCGGUCCUUGAACAAAGAGGACAGGAAACAAGCCAUCGCAUCCAUCAACGCAGCAGCUGCUGCCGCACAUAAAUGGGGCUGGGGUGUCUUAGCAAGAAACAGGCAACGCGAUGGUCAGUCAGAAAGAGAUGAGUCUUCGACACCUAGAGAACCCAUGGGCCGGGGUAGGCCGCUUCCGCCACCAGGAACCCCAUUGCCGCCACCUGAAAAGCCCAUUCGGAACAACUCGUUCAUGGCACCAAAGAGGAAACCAGUACCGCCUCCGCGUCUGCCCUCGCGUACAGAGACUGAUGGGUCGACGAAUGCGCAUUCACCCCGAAAGGUGACAAAGCCUCCACUUCCGGAGCGGCGCAAACGGCAGACCUCAACGCAACCUGAUGAUCAGUCUGAGGAUGAGGUGCUUGUCGUUGAAGCUCCCACUGACUCGACACCGGGAAGCCCAGCAGCCGGUGAACAUCAAGACGAGUUCUUCGGUCAUAUGGAACCAGCAGCAACAGCAGAAGAGUCGGUGGCAUCAGUGUCGGAUGAUCAUCUUCCAGCCGAGCCAGAAGAGCCCACGACAAUGGUGCCAGAAGAACCUGUAGCGACGCUACCAGAAGAAUCCACAAUAGCAGUGCCAGAAGAGGUCACAACGACAUCCCCAUCGAAGCCUGCAAAACCGGCUCUACCGGCUCGACCUAGUGAAAUUGCUGAGCAUCAUCCCAACAAUAAGGAGGAACUCAAUAGACAGGAGAUGGGCAUGUACACUUAUGAAUCAUGAGAGGUCUGGAGCAUUAUGGAAAUGGAGUAUCAGGAAUAAAGGUAUUAAUUGAAGAUGUUCAAGUAAACCAUUAUCUAAUAGGAAGAUUUGGUCUAUCGAACAUCCUUGUCACCCGAGUCCGCCACUGUUAUAUGUAGAGGACGUAGCAGCAACAUCCUCGGAUAUGUGACUGUAACCCUUCGCUCCAGACACAGAUGAAGUGUGACUGCGAUAAGGAUGCAACCCAAUCAACUCCUCGCCUGGAGAGUCAUAAGUAUACCGCCGUAGUUUGCGUGCUCCCACAAAAUGAUGGAGUCUGGGCAACUGUUCGUCUGUCAACGUGGUUGGUACCGACAUUCCGCCCUUGCCGUCUGAUG